AUGUUAGCGUAUGGCAUGUCAGCUGAUAUAGUUGACAAGUACUUGCGUUUAGGUCGCAUCAGUGCUAGGACAUCCCUUUUAAAAUUCGCUAAAGGGGUGAUUGCUUUCUUUGGGGAGCAAUAUUUGAGGAGACCGACAAAUACAUAUUUAGAGAGGCUUAUUGGUCAAGGAGAGCGACAUGAAGCGUUGAUUAAAUGUAUUGGGAGUGGAAUAAUUGCCCUUCUACGUGGAAAUCUCAAUAUCAAGGAUGUUGCGGAAAAGCAAAACUCAUUCUCAAAGCCGUGGCAUCGUUUGUGUAAUGAUUUCAAUGUCCUUUAUCAUUCUCCUGUUUUUGAUGAUGUCCUCCACGGGAGUUCCCCUGGCGUUAAUUUUACGGUAAAUGGACAACAUUACAACAUGGGGUAUUACCUAACUGAUGGUAUUUAUCCUCAAUGGACUGCUUUUAUCUAUGGGUUUUCUUCCACAAACUGA